AUGGGGAGUAAUCAGAUCGAAAGCUACAACUCUAAGAUGACAGCUUAUGUCUUCGCCUGUUGGAUUCUUGCUGCCUUUGGUGGCCUCAUGUUUGGUUAUGACAUUGGAAUUUCAGGCGGUGUGACGUCCAUGGACGAUUUCUUGAUAAAGUUCUUCCCGAACGUGCACGAGCGCAAAAUGCACGCGUACGAAGACAACUACUGUAAAUACGACGAUCACAUGCUGCAGCUGUUCACUUCAUCUCUGAAGCUGUUCAAGAGAUCGGCCAUACCGGCUUUGAUUGUGUCCAAUGCCAUUCAGAUGUUCCAGCAGUUCACGGGGAUUAAUGCCAUCAUGUUUUACGCGCCUGUUCUGUUCCAGACGUUGGGGUUCGGGGCAGACGCUUCGUUGCUGUCGUCUGUUAUCACGGGUUUGGUUAAUGUCUUCUCGACUUUUGUGUCGGUUUUCGCUGUGGAUAAGGUUGGGAGGAGAAAGUUGCUUCUCCAGGCUUGUGUCCAGAUGUUCAUUUCCCAGGUUGCGAUUGGUGGGAUCCUUCUAGUCCACCUGAAGCCGACUGGGUCACUAGACAAAUUCUUGGCGGGCGUGGUGGUGGUCCUCGUUUGCACGUACGUGAUGUCGUUUGCGUGGUCGUGGGGUCCAAUGGGAUGGCUCAUCCCGAGCGAGAUCUACCCAAUCGAGACCCGCACGGCAGGGUUUGCGGUGGCCGUGAGCUCCAACAUGAUCUUCACAUUCAUAAUCGCGCAGGCAUUCCUGUCGAUGUUGUGCCACAUGAAGGCCUACAUCUUCUUCUUCUUUGCGGCGUGGAUUGUGGUCAUGGGCCUGUUUGUGCUGUUCUUACUGCCCGAGACAAAAGGCGUCCCGAUCGAGCUCGUUGAGGAGAGGCUCUGGAAAAAGCACCCCGUCUGGAAGAGGUUCUUCAGGGACGAGGCAAAAGGGGAAGGCAGAGCAUGA